CAGAAGAAGAAAGCUUUGAAAGAAAAAUAGCAUGUCUCUUGCACCUUCCACACUUCUACUUUCGACUCAACAUGAACCACCUCACAUCACCACGAGACCUUGUGCAAAUUUUCCUCCAAGCUUUUGGGGAGAUACUUUCCUUCAGUAUCAUUCACAUUCACUGGAAAUCAAUGACAAUAUGAAGCAACAAUUUCAAAUGCAGAAGGAAGAAGUGAAGAAGAUGUUUCUAUCUUCAAGCAAUAGUAUCUUACAAAAACUAAAUUUCAUUGAUUCCUUGCAACGUUUGGGUAUAUCUUAUCAUUUUCAACAUGAAAUUGAUGAAGCAUUAGAGCAAAUCAACAACUCAUCUACAAAUGAUAAUGUCAUAAUAGAAGAAGGUUGUCUUCACUAUAUGGCGUUACUAUUUCGUUUGCUUAGGCAAAGAGGGUAUCAUAUUUCGUCAGAUAUAUUUAACAAAUUCAAGAACAAUAAGGGAGACUUUGAUCAAAAGAUUGCCAAAGAUGUACAAGGAUUGUGGAGUUUGUUUGAAGCUGCACAACUAAGGGUUCAUGGGGAAGAUAUAUUAGAUGAAGUUCUUGAUUUCACACAAACUCAUCUAAAUUCCAUGAUUAAUCAAUUGAGUUCAUCCUUUGCUGCACAAAUAAGUCAUUGCUUAAGGAAACCUCUUCAUAGGGGAGUUCCCAGGUUGGAGGCCAGACGUUACAUUUCCUUUUAUGAAUCAAAUCCUUCCCAUUGCAAAGUUCUUCUUACAUUUUCAAAACUAGAUUUCAAUAUGCUACAAGGAUUGCACAAAAUAGAAAUCGGGAGUAUCACCAAAUGUUGGAAGACGUCAGAAUUUGCAACAAAGGUCCCAUAUGCAAGAGAAAGAAUAGCAGAGUGUUAUUUAUGGCCAGUUUCCCUGUCUUAUGAAGCUGAAUAUAGUAUUGCAAGAAGGAUAGGGAGCAAAUUAGUUGGACGUAUCUCUCUUCUAGAUGAUACUUAUGAUGCCUACGGCACAAUAGAAGAACUUGAACUCCUCACACAGGCAAUUCAGAGAUGGGAUAUUAGUUCCAUUCAAUCUCUCCCAGAUAGCAUGAAAGUAGUGCUUAAUGCAAUUAUAGAAGUGUGUGAUGAAGUAAAGUUGGCUAUCAUAGAAAGUGAAAACUCGAACAAAGUGUUGCAAUGGGUUAAAGAAGCUUUUCAUAACUUGGCACGAGCCUACUUGACUGAAGCAAAAUGGAGUCAAGAGAUUUGUAUUCCAACAUAUCAAGAAUAUAAGGAUAAUGGAGUUAUAUCUUCUGCAUAUAUUCUUAUGAUAACAUCAUUUAUUCUUCUAUCAACAUCUUCAUUCCAAACCGUAUUGUUAGAUUGGAUUUCGAGUAAUCCACCAAUCUUGAAAUCUGUUUCACUUAUUGGUAGACUUGAGAAUGACAUAUCGUCACAUAAGUUUGAACAACAAAGAAUGCACGUGGUUUCGGCAGUUGAAUGUUGCAUGAACCAAUAUGGAAUUUCACAGGAAAAUGCGUACAAAUUCAUUAAAAAAGAGAUUGAAGAUUUGUGGAAGGUUAUAAAUGAAGAGUGUCUCAAGUUAGACCUUAUUCCGAAGCAUGUACUAGAUUGUAUUAUUAAUGUGGCCCGCAUAACUGAACUUACCUAUGAAAACUUCCAAGAUAAAUACACAGAUGGGAAACUGUGGAAGGAUGACAUUAUUGCAUUACUUGUGGAUCCCAUAAGCAUGGAUGAACACAAGUAAUCGAAGUGAUAUCCGUAAUAUAUUUAUUCUACAUUUUUUUUAAAGCAUUCCAAUAUUUUAUUUGAAGUAACUACCAUAAUGCUAUAUGCA